AAGGAUCAAACAAUAAACCCUUCAAUUUUUUGAAGUUAACUUAAAAAAGUAGAGUUGGAUAAACCAAAGCUAUACAAUUUCGUUUUCUCGAAUUCAACUUGAAAAAAUUAGAAUGUGAAAAUAUUUAAAUUUCUUAAUUUUAUGUGUAAUAAUCACUGCCCCUAUUUACUAUAACUUCGUUGUAAGAGCAGCAACUACCAGCAACUGAUUUGGAAAUGCUAAUGGUGUCAUGGUUCAUGUUGUAAUAGUAUAAUUUCAUUUUGGCGCAAUAUAAAAAUGUUGGAAAAGGUGGCUAAGGAUUACUCAUCGUACUUUAAACUAGAUGUUGCCGAUGGAUUUCAAACAGUGCAAGAUGUUAUAGACAACAUGAUAACAAGACUGGAAGAAUUAAAUAGUGUUGUGCACAUGAUAAAGUUAAAAAAUAGUGAUUGUAACACAGCUGUAACAACAGAUAUUAAUAAAUACAGAGCAGAAAUUACAUUAUUGUCUAAAAAAAUUGUAACUUUAAAUGAAGUGGUAAUAACAUUGCAGCAUAACAUGGAUAAAAUAGAAAAACAAGUUGAAAAGGCAGAAUCACAUUUUGGUGUAAAUAAUGAUAGUAAACUGACAAGUCUACUACGGCCUUUUUUAAAAAGAAAUCGUGAAACUCCAUCUGUUUCUGAUGAAAUUCCCAAUUUUGAAACACUUUCUAUAACAAGUGUGAUGCAUAACUUUGAGGAUAAUGUAUCCUGAUAUUAUAAUUUUAUAUCUUAUAUGUUAAGAUAGUUUUGUUGGGUUUGUAUGUAUUAAAUAAAAAAAAUAUUUUAAAGA